CACAUGUUUUUUCUUCCUUUUCUUUAAGAUCGGCUGAUCCAUUUGAAUGCGCCCUCGCUUCUGUUUUUAAAUGGCAAUGAGAGCGCUAUUAGGAGGAGACACGUGUCCUAAUGAGGUCUUUUUCAACUCGCUGAAUGGACAUAAGCAUCCCGCUGUGAGCCCUGCGAGCCCUCGAGCUAUUUAAUCCCUCCUGGAUGGGCUUAGUGUCAGGAGAGGACAGAGCCCUAGUGCUCUGAGUGCCAGUGGACGUAUAAAAGCAACAAGUCGGUCUGAGAAACGCACUUAGUCACAAGUCACUCUAGUAAGCGCUCAGACAUUAUAAUAAAGCAGUGAUGGAGGACAUGCUGUUUGACUUUGACCAAGAUGCGACCACAGACUUUGCCUUCUGGGGCCAAAUUGACCCCAACUUUCAGUUUCAGUCCCAGCUCGACUCGCUGCUGUUCGAUGGCACGGCCGUGACAGGUGAACUGUCUCCGUGGUCCUCCUUCGGGUGUCAGUCCGUGUUCCCGGAAGCGCAGCUCGCUUUACCGGAGCUGGAGUCUCGCUCACCGGAGGCUGAGCUGGACAGCGGCGCUGCAGAGGAGGAGGAAGAGGAUCAGACACGGGGGAAACUUAGGCCGCGCCGCCUCGCCUCCACCCAUCACACACACCAUCAGCAUCAGCACCAGCAUCAGCAUCAGCACCAGCAUCAGCACCAUCCGUACCGCGUCCAGCGCCACGCCGCUAACAUCCGUGAGCGCAAGCGCAUGCUCAGUAUCAACUCUGCGUUUGAGGAGCUGCGCUGUCAUGUGCCGACGUUCCCCUACGAGAAGCGACUGUCCAAGAUCGACACCCUGAGGCUGGCCAUCGCCUACAUCGCCCUGCUCCGAGAGAUCCUUGUGUCCGGUUGCGACCCCAAGGCCUAUGUAGACGAGUGCAUGAAGAACGGCUACAAAAAUCAGACCAACGCCAUCUGGAACACGAGCGAUCUGACAGCUCGUCUUUCUUGGAUAAAGUGGGAUUAGUUUGCCUGGACUAGUCUCUGUCGGCUCUGGGGAGAGAUCCUGCUUCCCCCACCUUAACUGGCAGCUUGGCAUCAUGGCACACUGACAUCUGCACAUUUCUCACCAGGUCACACGUUUGCUCUUGGCACCCAAGAUGCUUUUUAUAUUUUAAUCUGUUGUGAGCAGAGAAUGAGACUCAGUGUUUUGCUGUGCCACUCCAGUCGUGUUUUACGGAUGAAUAAGUCCAGGUUCAAGCCUUGGUAGCGCAAAAGACACUUGUCUCUGUAGAUGAGAGGACUGCUAAGAAUCUUGGGGCGCUUGUUUAAGUGUAUUGUAUGUGAUUCAAUGUGGUUGCAAGCUGAUAGGUGAGAAUUUGCAGCAUGCCUAUUGACCACAUUUACAUGAAAGAGUAGUAUUGUUUUGCACUGAUUACACCAAUUGUAACUAAAACACUGUUUUAAAAAA